AUGGGUAUUUUUAACAACAAACAGCCACUAGGCGCUACUACGGUCUAUGUUUCAAUACUGUCCUCUGUGGGAGGGAUGAUUUUCGGAUAUGACACAGGACAAAUAUCGGACAUGGUGUUAAUGCGAGAUUUCAAGUACAGAUUUGCUGAUAUCAGAACAAAUUGCAUCAACGGUCACUGCGAGGAAUAUGAGUUCAGUAAUGUUCGGGAAGGCCUGAUAGUCUCACUUCUUUCAAUUGGUACACUUUCUGGCGCGUUGCUAGGCGCUCCCGUAGCAGAUUAUUUGGGCAGACGCAUGGCAAUGAGUUUGGAAGCGGCUCUUUUCACCGUUGGCCUAAUAGUACAGAUAGCCACUCAGUUCUCUUGGGAGCAAUUUGCUGUUGGACGCUUGAUAGCGGGGUUGGGAAUAGGUGCACUUAGUGCCGUAAUACCUGUUUACGUGUCCGAGUGCGUCGUACCCAAUUUUAGAGGCUCGGCGGUUGCAUGUUAUCAAUUAUGUAUUACAUUCGGGAUUUUGCUGGCGUACUGCUUCUGUUAUGGAACGCGUCCUCUAGAUUCUGAUGCCUCGUGGAGAAUCAUUGUAGGCUUAGGUAUAGCGCUGGCUCUUAUUCUCGGUGUCGGAGUGUGGUUUUUGCCAGAAUCACCGAGAUGGCUCAUGAAGAACGACAAGGUUGAGCAAGCUAAAAGGUCUCUUCAAAGGGUUAGAGGUGCCAAGUCUGACUUCGAUAAGGCCGUUGUCGAGCAUGACUUCCUUGAGAUAGCAGCGAAGGUCAAGCUUGAGCAGCAGACUGAGUCAUCGUUUUGGAAGUCGUGGGUGGAAUGUUUCAUCGGCCAACCCGGAAAGAAAAAAUUAGUCUAUCGAACAGCAUUAGGAGUGUUUCUUCAGACCUUUAAUCAGCUCACUGGUGCCAACUACUUCUUCUACUACGGUGCAACCAUAUUCCAAUCGGUCGGUAUUGAGGAUUCAUAUAUCACGCAGAUCGUGCUCGGAGCUGUCAACUUCUUUUGCACACUCUGGGGUCUUUGGAUCUUGGAGAGAUUUGGUCGUCGUAAGCCAAUGAUUUUUGGUGGUAUUUGGCAGUUCGGUGACCAGCUAGAUCCAAGACCAACUCCGUCCAGGCCUGAGGGCAAUCCAGCGUCUGGAAAGGUCAUGAUCUUAUCGGCUUGUCUUUUUAUUGCCUCAUUCGCGUCCACUUACGGUCCGGGCACGUGGAUUGUGACCGGAGAGACGUUCCCCCUUUCUCACAGAGCUAGACAGGCAUCUAUAGCUACAGCAUCGAACUGGGUUUGGAACUUUCUUAUCGGAUUCUUCUCACCAUUUAUCACCAGCGCAAUAUCAUUCAGGUAUGGUUAUGUCUUUAGUGGUUGCAAUCUCUGUUUGGCUGCAGUGAUGUACUUUUUUCUCUACGAGACAGCCGGAUUGUCCUUGGAAGCAGUUGAUGAGAUGUAUUCUACGAAGGGGCUCAAGCCAUGGCGCUCAUCGCAGUGGGUUCCCUCAGGAUUCAUAAAUCGCAGGGAUGUCAUGGAAGCUAGCAAGAUUGAGACAUUCCACAUCGAACAUAUGGACGGGAAUGACGAGAGAAGAUUCAGUACAGCUGAUGGCGAUCAGUCUUCGCAAACGCCAAGCGAGAGCAACAAGAAGAUGGACGUUUAG